AUGAGGGUGAUGGAGCUUGAAAUGAAUGUGAAACAUGGAGAACUUUCUUUUCUUAAGAAGGAUGUCUAUAACCUUUUUACCAAAAAUCAUAAACUACACUCACAGAAUGAUGCAAGAGAGUUUUUGGAGUAUUGUAAAAGUGCUAAAAGUGAAAGUCUUAAUUUUCAAUAUGCAUUUACACUAGAUAGUGAAAAUAGGCUAGAACAUAUUUUUUGGUGUGAUACUCAUUGUUUUGAAUUGUACCAAAAAUACGGAGAUAUUGUGGUAUUUGAUACUACAUACAAGGUGAAUUCAUACGACAUGCCAUUUGACAUAUUUGUUGGUAUUGACAAUCAUGGAAGAACUACAUUACUUGGUUGUGCACUUCUACUUAACAAGAAACUAAAGACGUUUGAAUGGCUCUUUAAGAAUUUUGUACAAUUAAUGAAAAAGUCACCGAAAACGAUAUUGACCGAUCAAGAUCCUUGGAUGAAACAAGCAAUUGAAACGGAGAUGCCUUACACUAAACAUGCAUUUUGCAUAUGGCAUAUCACCACUAAGUUUAGUAGUUGGUUUACUUCGGUCUUAAAAGAUGAGUACUCAAGUUGGUGCACCGAAUUUUAUAACUUAUAUAAGUUAGACUCGGUUGAAGAAUUUGAGCAACAAUGGCCAUUAGUCAUUGCAAAAUACAAUCUCGAAAAGAAUAAACAUGUGAUAGCAUUGUACCAGAUCAAAACAUUUUGGGUUCCAAGUUAUCUUCGUGACUUUUUCUUUGGUGGCAUGAUGACCACCGGAAGAUCGGAGAGCAUAAAUUCGUUUAUAAAAAAGUUUAUAUCUUCUCAUACAUGUCUAAGGGAGUUUAUUAGACAAAUUGAUCUUGCUAUUGAAGAUGUUGGGCAUAAACAAAUGCAUGAUGGUAUGUUGGCAAAAUAUCAAGAAUCGCAUUUUAAAUCAUUAUCACCGUUAGAAAAACAAGGUUACCAAGUUUUGACUCCUUUUGCAUUCAAAAAGUUUCAAGAACAAUUUGCUCAAGCAAUUCAAUAUUCGGUUCGGGAAGAAAACGACACAAGUUUUAUUGUCAAACAUUACAAAGCGGCUCGAUGUCAUCAGGUGGUUUGGGAUGGUAAGAUGGCUAAAUGCACUUGCAAAAACUUUGAAUUUGUCGGGAUACUUUGUCGUCAUAUCUUAAGCGUUUUUCUCCGUAAGGACUGCUUUGAAAUUCCUUCUAGUUAUUGGCUAUCACGGUGGAGUCGUGAAGAAGCUCAAUUUACAGAAAUCUCUCUAUUAAAGCAAGAAGGAAAUUUUGAUGUUUCAUCAUCUUGUGGAAACAAUAGUCAUCUCGAAACUAAUGCAAUUGAGUUGGUUCAAUGCCCUAUCAUCUCAAAAACAAAAGGACGACUUAAGCAAAAACGAAUGAGAAGUGGAAAGGAAUUAGCGAGACAAGUAAAGCGUUGUAGACUUUGCAAAUCUUCUAGUCACAACUUCAGCACAUGUCCAGAGCGUGAGGAUGAUAAUUCUCAACACGUGGAUAAAACAAAGAAACUUGAUAUGCAAAUAGAAGAUUUCAAUCCCAUCUUUCAUUUUAAAUGUUAA